UAGCAGCGUCCGCCCCUACUGCAGAGCUGCUGCCGGAGGAGCGACUUAAAGGGCCCGCGCGCCGCCGCCCCCUCGGCCCGCCAUGCUGCUACCCGCGCCGCUGCUGCUCGGCCUUCUGGGCCUGGUCGCCGCCGAACCCGCCAUCUACUUCAAGGAGCAGUUUUUGGACGGAGACGGGUGGGCCGAGCGCUGGAUCGAGUCCAAACACAAGUCGGAUUUCGGUAAAUUCGUCCUCAGUUCCGGCAAGUUCUACGGUGACCAGGAGAAAGAUAAAGGGCUGCAGACGAGCCAGGAUGCCCGCUUUUACGCCCUGUCGGCCAGAUUUGAACCCUUCAGCAAUAAGGGCCAGACGCUGGUGGUGCAGUUCACUGUGAAACACGAGCAGAACAUCGACUGUGGGGGCGGCUACGUGAAGCUGUUUCCGGAUAGUUUGGACCAGACGGACAUGCACGGAGACUCCGAAUACAACAUCAUGUUUGGCCCGGAUAUCUGUGGCCCUGGCACCAAGAAGGUUCAUGUCAUCUUCAACUACAAGGGCAAGAACGUGCUCAUCAACAAGGACAUCCGUUGCAAGGACGAUGAAUUCACACACCUGUACACACUGAUCGUGCGCCCAGAUAACACCUAUGAGGUGAAGAUUGACAACAGCCAGGUGGAGUCGGGCUCCUUGGAGGACGAUUGGGACUUCCUGCCCCCCAAGAAAAUAAAGGAUCCCAAUGCUGCGAAGCCCGAAGACUGGGACGAACGGGCUAAGAUCGAUGACCCCACAGACUCCAAGCCUGAGGACUGGGACAAGCCUGAGCACAUCCCUGAUCCCGAUGCUAAGAAGCCAGAGGACUGGGACGAAGAGAUGGACGGAGAGUGGGAACCACCAGUGAUCCAGAACCCGGAGUACAAGGGCGAGUGGAAGCCCCGGCAGAUCGACAACCCAGAUUACAAGGGCACGUGGAUCCACCCAGAGAUCGACAACCCCGAAUACUCCCCAGAUAGCAACAUCUACGCCUAUGAAAACUUUGCUGUACUGGGCCUGGAUCUCUGGCAGGUCAAGUCUGGCACCAUCUUUGACAACUUUCUCAUCACCAACGACGAGGCGUAUGCAGAGGAGUUUGGCAACGAGACGUGGGGCGUCACGAAGGCGGCGGAAAAGCAGAUGAAGGACAAGCAGGACGAGGAGCAGAGGCUAAAGGAGGAGGAGGAAGACAAGAAGCGUAAGGAGGAGGAGGAGGCGGACAAGGAAGAUGAGGACGACAAGGAGGAGGACGAGGACGAUGAGGACGACAAGGAGGAGGAUGAGGAGGAAGACGCUGCCGCUGGCCAGGCCAAGGAUGAGCUGUAGGGGCCGUGCCACCGCCUCCGGGGCUGGACUGAGGCCUGAGCGCUCCCGCCGCAGAGCCGGCCACGCCAAAUAAUGUCUCUAUGAGACUGGAGAACUUUCAUUUUUUUCCAGGCGGGUUCUAAUUUGGGGUGGAUUUUAGUUUUGUUGUUCCCGCUUUUUUUUUUUUUUUUUUUUUUAACCUGGUGUUUUGUCUUGUUCUCCUUUAUCCUCAUCCCGGGGCUCUCAUCUUUCUUGAUUGACAUCUUUGCCACCUUCUGGUCCCUUCUUUCCCCAGAUCCCUUAGUUCCUUUCCAAUCUGGGGGCAUGAGGGGUGUGGAGGAGAAGCCCCAGGCCCGAGAUUCCAUCUGCUCUCAGUCCUGGCUCCCAGAGCGGGGCAGGAGAAGAGGGUGGCGUCCCCAGUCGCCCAGCACUGAGCAAGAAUGGGGCUCCUAGGCCCUGAGCUCUAGGGCGUGAGCUCUGACCUCCCCACCCCCUCCCUUUCUCCCCUGCUCCCGGGACUGGGUCACUUCUGGGUGGGGCAGCGGGUUCCAGCUCGGUUCACACUGAGAAUGUAAGAACUACAAACAGAAUUUCUAUUAAAUUAAGUUUUGUGUCUUC